GCCGCCGCGCGCAGACACCGGGCCCGGCUCCCGAGGGCGCCAGCGCGGCCCCGGGGAGCGCGAGGAGCCGGCGAGCGCGCGGCCUACCGUUGACGGCCUGGUCCGUCACGCUCGGCGCCCACCCACCCUCCCCGGUGGGGUCCAAGCCCCUGGGAAGAUGGUGUCCUGGAUGAUCUCCAGAGCCGUGGUAUUGGUAUUUGGAAUGCUUUAUCCUGCAUAUUAUUCAUACAAAGCUGUGAAAACAAAAAACGUGAAGGAAUAUGUUCGGUGGAUGAUGUACUGGAUUGUUUUUGCUCUCUAUACUGUGAUUGAAACAGUAGCAGAUCAAACAGUUGCCUGGUUCCCCCUGUACUAUGAGCUUAAGAUUGCUUUUGUCAUAUGGCUGCUCUCUCCCUAUAAAGGAGCAAGUUUAAUAUAUAGAAAAUUCCUUCACCCACUACUUUCUGCAAAAGAAAGGGAGAUUGAUGAUUAUAUUGUACAAGCAAAGGAACGAGGCUAUGAGACUAUGGUAAACUUUGGGCGACAAGGUUUAAAUUUAGCAGCUACUGCUGCUGUUACUGCAGCAGUGAAGAGCCAAGGAGCAAUAACUGAACGUUUACGAAGUUUCAGUAUGCAUGAUCUGACAGCUAUCCAAGGUGAUGAGCCUGUGGGUCAAAGACCAUACCAACCUCUCCCAGAAACAAAAAAGAAAAGUAAGCCAGCCUCCAGUGAAUCAGCAGGUUAUGGAAUUCCACUGAGAGAUGGAGAUGAGAAAACAGAUGAAGAAGCAGAUAGGCCAUAUUCAGAUGAUGAGAUGUUAACACACAAAGGGCUACGAAGAUCACAAAGCAUGAAAUCUGUGAAAGCCGUGAAAGGCCGAAAAGAGGUGCGGUAUGGGUCACUAAAAUACAAAGUGAAGAAAAGACCACAAGUGUAUUUUUAGUCAUGAGACUUCAAGUAUCCCAAGACAAAUUAUGCUAAUAUAUCAACUUUUUUUCCUAACAUCCUAUAUUCAGGAUUUAUACAUUAAAAUAAUUCUUUAAAUUGUAGUGGUGAUAGGGUUUACUUUUAUCAUUUUAAAUAGUUUUUAUGUCUAACAAUUACUUUCAAAUCUUGACUACUAAAAUAAGUUAUGCAAAGUGGAUAGGAAUAUCAGAAAAAACAGAAAAUUAUGCUAUUUUCAGAUUCCUCAAAAAUACUGAGUGCCUAGGAUAUAAGAUGAAACACAAACCCACAGUAUACUUGAAAAGAGUCUUUUUAUGGUUCAAGAUACACCAGCCUUUGUGAUACUGUAUUGUGCUUACCUCCAUUUGUGUUUUACCUAUCACACGAGGUUAGUAAUUGAAGAGGCCUCUGAUCCAGCAGCGAUAUAUGCAGGACAAGGGUCUAUGUAAGAUAAAAUAUGUUUUGUAUAUUCUUUACAUUUUUACUUUGUUACUACCUUCUAGUUUUUCCACCAUAAACUGAAAGCUUUUGAAACAAAUAUUUGAAAACCAGGUAUUUACAUAGCACUUUUAUUCCUGACUAGUUUUGCACACUUGAAAAUUGUUUACUUAUUUUACAAUUGUACAUUUAUAUUAGUUUUUUUUUAACUAUGUUAUUUGUCACAUUCAGAUGCAUCAAAUUUAUGCCUUGAAUUACAUCAUCUCUUUUUCCUGUGGGUUUCAUUAGUUAUAUUCAUUUAGUUUUAAUAAUAAAAAAAUAGAGUUUAUUGUUCAAUUUUAACUGUUUUUAUCUUCUUUACAGAUAAUUUAUUUUAAACAUUCACCAGCUUCCCAUAUUUAGCCUCUCAUUGUAGUUGAAUUUAGCAUGUGUUUGUUAACACUGGUUACAUUUUCAGCUUUUAAACAUGGUAGCUUUUGUGAAAUAUCAGACCAGUAUAGCAUUUAGGUAUCUUCUAAUACAUGAAAUCAUCCAACAGCCAGUCCAUUCACAAGUUUGGCACUGAUGCAAGCUGAUGAUUUAUAAAUCUGGCAUUGACCAGAACCAAUUGAGUCACUUCACUUCUGGCUAAGAUAAUUUCCUGAAGGUCCAUGCCAAUGCAAAAUACAAAUGUUGUUAAUCUUACAUAUCAGAAGUUACUAGAAUAGAUUUGAGGCAAAUCCUACCCUUUUAACCCAAGAAAUUUUGAGUUACUGAACUGUGAGGCCUUUUAGGUAUCAUAGAUAACUAUACAUUAUGAACUCUAAGUCAACAUAAUUCCAAUGAUGAUUUUAGGGACCAGUCAUCAAAUUCAUAUGAUUAUACUUAUUCAGAUAAUUCACUUGAUGGCUCCACUUGUUUGUCCAAAAACAAAAAAACAGAGAGAUUUGUGAAGUCUUUGACCUUUCAACCCUUUGAGAAAUGAAGCCAUGGCAAUGUAUAUUCAGGACCUCCUCAUAUUGGUAGAGAACAGACUGUUUACUCAAUAGUACCUUUAUGUAAUAAAUACAUUUCUCUUGAUAAAUGUCUUAAAAUGUUAA